AAAUAUAGUAAGAACUCAAAAUAAAAGUAAAAAUCCAGGCGGCUACUGCUGACGGAGUUGACCGCCAGCGAAAAUUCAUCUCUCCCCUUGCGAAGAUUUCGAAGCUGCUCUCCCAUAACAAAUCUCCUUAUUAGAUAUUUCAUUGUUCCUCGUCUGCUAAUAUUAGUCUAUUCUAAUUAUUACUUGCUUUGGAUACUCCAAUUCCAGCAAAUCCAUUUCGAUUUCUUUUUAUGCUUCUAACGAACCCUAAUUAUUCGUUCCGUUUCAAUUUGUCUUAGUUUAGAAUACCGACGAUUGAUUUAAAUGUUUUAAUGUUAUUUGAAACAGGAAAAAUGAAAGAAAGAAAGAUGGGCUUGGAGCAAGCUAUUAAAAGUCUGGAUGCAUUUCCUCGUACGGAGGAACAUUUGUUGCAGAAGACGCAAUCGGGAGCGCUAGUUUCCAUCGUUGGUUUAGUGAUAAUGGCCACGCUGUUCUUUCAUGAGCUUACCUAUUAUCUUCCAACGAAUACUGUUCAUCAGAUGUCUGUGGACUUGAAACGUGGAGAAACACUUCCAAUUCACAUUAAUAUGACAUUUCCUUCAUUACCUUGUGAUGUAUUAAGUGUAGAUGCCAUUGACAUGUCAGGCAAGCACGAGGUGGAUCUUGAUACUAACAUAUGGAAACUUCGCCUGAAUAGUCAUGGCCAUAUCAUUGGCACUGAAUAUUUGUCUGACCUUGUGGAAAAGGAGCAUGCUGCUCACAAGCAUGGUGAUGAGAAGGAACAUCAUGAUGAUGCUGAGAAAAAGCUUCAUGCACUUGGCUUUGAUCAAGAUGCUGAAAAUAUGAUCAAGAAGGUGAAGCAAGCAUUGGACAAUGGGGAAGGCUGCCGGGUUUAUGGGGUAUUAGAUGUCCAAAGGGUGGCAGGAAACUUUCACAUUUCAAUUCAUGGGUUAAACAUUUAUGUUGCUCAAAUGAUCUUUGGAGGAGCAACGCAUGUCAAUGUAAGUCAUGUGAUUCAUGAUUUAUCAUUUGGGCCAAAAUAUCCAGGACUUCACAAUCCGCUUGAUGGUACGGUGCGGAUUUUGCACGACACAAGUGGAACAUUCAAGUAUUACAUAAAGAUUGUCCCAACUGAGUACAGAUAUAUCUCAAAGGAAGUUCUGCCGACAAAUCAGUUUUCCGUCUCCGAAUACUUUUCCCCUAUGAAGGCGUUUGAUAGGACUUGGCCUGCCGUUUACUUUUUGUAUGAUCUGUCACCAAUCACCGUGACAAUAAAAGAAGAGCGCCGAAGCUUUCUCCAUUUCAUCACUCGACUUUGUGCAGUAUUGGGAGGGGCAUUCGCUUUAACAGGAAUGCUAGAUCGUUGGAUGUAUAGGCUUCUCGAAGAAGUGACUAAAGCAAGCGGAGGCCGUGCUUCUCAGUAGAAGAGUUGGGUUUCGGUUUGGUUCGGAGUGCAAGAACAGCAUCAACUUGCAUCAAAUGUGGACUUGAAUUCUCAAUUUAUAAA